AGUGGGUACCUGUCAAAUUCAGGUACCCGCUCCCACUUCCUCUGUGAUCACCAAGGUGAUCGAAAGCGGAAGUCGUCCUCCCCCCUCCCUCCCCGUAGUCUUCUGGGACACAUGACAGGUCCCAGAAGACUACGGGGCCAUUCACAAAGUGCAGCACUUCUCGCUAUGAAGCCGCAAGCUGUCACAGCCGGGUGCCCACACUGAAGAUGCCGGCGCCAGACCGAGAAGACAGCUGGUGAAACCAGCGGUGGUGAGGGACACCGCCGGACCGAGGGACA